ACGAGACCACUUAGGCUAAGCAAGGCUAAUAGAAAGGAAAUCGACACGGCUUACCAACAGAUGAACAAGCAACAUAUGUGGAGGCUUUCUUCUGGAAGAUUGGUCGAAGAAGAGUUAUACAAACUAGGAAAAAAACUGAAGUUUGAGCAUGCCGUUCAUUCGUUCAUCUUAGAUGUUGACGAUAAAUUGAUUUUGGAGCACUUUAGUGAAACAGAACUUUACGAAAUUGAUCGCGCCGCUGGCCCUCAGGUACCCGAAUUGUCAGACUGCAUUACUGAACUUCUACAUGGAUUCGUUGACAAGACGAGCUUGAAGGAGAUUCGUGAGACUAUAAUGGAUAAAAUAGUUGGUAGAAAUUAUGAUAAUGAAAACCAUCAUUGUUAUGAUUACGUAAUAAAUGCCCUAAAUUCAUUAAUUCGAGAAAUUCAAACUGGGAGUGUGAAAGGCGCAAAACUCGAGGCUUGGUUUAAUUAUUACAUAUUGAAUGAAAUUUCUGAUCAAGCUUUCGGAAAUAUUAAUGUGGUAUCUGUCGUCAGGGGUGAAAGUACAAACUUAGCGGCAGCAUCUCGAAAAAACGCGAAAAGAAAGUCAGGAGAGUUGCGAAAAGUGUGUUUUCGAACUGGAGCCGGAGUUUGGUCGGAUGAGCAAGGAACAGAGUUUCUCAAAAAGACGGAACUAGGACUUCUUAAAGUCCUUAAGGAUCUAUUAAUAAUGUUAAUGAAAAAAGUAGAUUGGAAUACGGAAAAGUGUGUAAAAAUGCAGACGGUUGGAAUAAUUCACGCAGGCUAUGUCUAUAGGAUUCGACGUGGAGAACUAAUGGAAGUGCCAGAUAAUCUGGAUGAUUUUUCUUCCGUUUUAAAAAUCCUGGAAUUUGUUCUGAAUUUAAAG